UCCCGGUGCCUUCGGGCACGGUGGAUGCAAAAGGGGCCCUGGCCGCAUCCCUGUAACCGCUGUCACCCCCACCCCGCCAGGGCUGGUCCUCCCAGCCCCCCUUCCCUGCCUCGGGCGUCGCGUCCUCCUUUGCCCCUGGCAUCUCCAUCCCGCAGUGCCUCCCACCCGCACGCCGGUCGGAGCCCUGGGCCCGGCCGCCGCCCCCAACGCGCCCCGGCAGACUCACCUUGCAGCCCCGCAGCCUUUCAAGUUCUCCUGCCUUCGCUGAGUGGGCUACGACAUAUCCCCAAAGGAGGCCUUCCCCGCGAGCCCAGGAGGGGCGGAGCGGAGCAGAGCAGGGCGGAGCUUGCGGCCCUGCCGGGCUCGCGCCCAACACAGGCCUCCGCCGCGCUCCCAGCGGCCGAGCAGCGGGCCAGGUUGCCAAGAGCAAAGGUCCUGAAAACGCUUCAGAGAAAGUGACUUUUGGAUCCCACCGAAGGAGGGUGGCUGCUUGCCAGGAGAGCCAACCAUGUGGUUAGAGGGUGGGACCUUUCAGUCCCAACGCCCAACCUCUAGGCUGGAGAUUGAAUCCGUUGCCAACGGCCCAGUGACUGAGUCAUGCCUUUGUAAUGAAGCCUCACUAAAAAUCCAAAGGACAAGGUUCAGAGAGCUUCCAGGUUGGGGAACAUGUGAGGAUUGGGGAGAGUGGUGCACCUGGAGAGGGAACGGAAGGUCUGCCCCCCCUCCCCAGGCCAUGCCCUAUGUAUCUAUCAUUCAUCUGGCUGUGGUUUUAUAUCCUUUUAUAAUAAACUGGUAAUCUAGUAAAUAAA